AUGCUUAUAGACAAGAUGGAUGUCACCUACAAUGAAUCAUUUGUGAUUUACGAACAACUUGUUGAAAAAACACCCGAUGAAAGUACAAUCUUAAAUUUCAAUGUUACAUUUGUAGUGCCGAUUGAAAAGCUUUUCAUGCAAUUUUCGCUAUUUAUACAAAAGCCAAAUGGUGCUUAUGAAUCUGUAAUCAAAACUGGUGCUAUGAACUUGUGUGGAUUUUUGAAGAACCAGAAAGGCAACAAGAUUCUUCGAAUGAUUUUCAACGGUGAUAGUGUCAAUAGAAAAUUUCCUAAAACUUGUCCGAUCGAUCCUGGACUUUACUUUUUCCACAAUUUCAAACUCGAUGAAGAUUUAGUACCACAAGUUCAAAUUUUCCGAGAAAAAUUUAAAAUCGACAUUCAUUUCACCACUAAAAUAGACGGAACAUUGACUGAAUUUAUCAAACUCAAAAUUAAUGGUGAAAUUAAAGAUCGGAUCAAGUGGCAGGAGGAAAGAGAAAAGGAAAUGAAAAAGAACAAGAAAAUGGAAUCUGGAAAUUAA